AUGCUCAAGGAAUCCGUUCCUCCUAUUUUCCAAUCCACUGAAGCCUUCCAAACAACCAGGGUUGGAAACAAGAAGGCGAGAGGCAAAACCGCUGCGAUGGCUAAAUCCGCGACAGCCCAAAGCCACUCCACCCACGGUCCCGCGAUCGACAUGGUGGCACCACCACCUCUCACCACCGCACUGGCCACCGUCGCCGAACAUGAUGAAACCUCCCACCAAGCAUUCCCUCCAUUACCUCCAUGCUUGACGCACGCUCAUGCAUACACCUCCAAUGAAACCCUAGCCCAUGUGCAAUUGGGCUCCACACACUUCUCUCCUCCCGAUCCACAAAGUCAAGCAGAUCUUAAUCUGAGAGUUGACCAGCUAGCUCAGAGGAUGGACGACCAAACCAAUCUGAUGAGGCAGCUCCUCAACCAAAUAAACUUGGUUCAAAACCUUGGCCUUGGACAACCAGGCAAAGAGAGAAGGAUGGAUGAACGCGCCGUUCGGCAGCUCGAUGGGUACCAAUCAGGUCGAGCAGGAAUGGGCAGAUAA